AAACGGGGAUUGGGGGGGGGAUGAAGACGUCGUCGUGUGCUCUUGCGUCAUUACGCUACGGUCAGCGCGUUCCUGUAGCCUGGGGGUAGGAAUCGGCCAAUCCAAGGGCAGAGUGAUGGGAAGUGGUAUUUAUUGAGUGCUAUCUACUAUUUCUCCUAGCCUUACAGGACUGCGCACUUUGUAGAUGAGAAAACGGAGUUAUAAUAUUUGCUGAAUCCUUCGGGGUCACACGGCGUUGAAGUGGCUUUGAGCCAAUGCGCUCGGACUACCCUAGCCCGCAACCUCAGGCUCCAAAUUCCUCCCUCUCCAUCUGCGCCAGCCCUUGGCCCCUUCCUGUCUCAUGCCAAGGUAGCUUUGAUGAACGUCCAAGAGAUGCGCCUCUGUUUGGAGAGCUAAGAACAAGCGGAGCCACGGCGCCAGCGGGAAACCCGGAUUAGAGGUGUUCCUCUAAACCCAGCUGCGGGAAUGGCAGGUUUGAGGAGCGUGGUCCUUCGACCCUGGAUUCGAGAUCUGGUCCUGGGGUCAGAGAGACUCUCAAGUCCACGGGUGGGGCAGCUGCUCCAGGUGCUGCAGGAGGCCGAGACCCCAGGCCCGUCCCGCGCCCCUGACACCUCUGAUGUCGGGGCCUUGCUGCUUGUGUCCGACGGGACCCACAGUGUCCGAUGCCUGAUGACGCAGGAAGUCCUGAAUGCCUCGGACUGGGAAGAAAAGGAAUUUGGUUUCCGAGAGGCUGAAGGCCGACUGCUGCUGCUGCAAGACUGCGAGGUCCAAAUCCAAGUGGCCGAGGGUGGCACGCCCACCGAGUUCUACCUCCAGGUGCAUCGCUUCAGCCUAAUGCCCACGGAGCAGCCCCGGGAUUGGGUGACUAGUUGCAACCAGGACCCAGAUGUGCAGAGAAAGCUCAAAGACUGCCUGAAGGAGCACCUUUCAGAGUCCACCUCCUCCAAUGCAGGCCUUUCACUGUCCCAACUUCUGGAUGAGGUGCAGGAGGAACAGGAGCAUCAAGGGGCACUAGUGCGCCUGGCUGAGAGCUGUCUGAUGCUGUCAGGCCCUUGCACAACGCCCCCGCUCACCCGCUGGGCCGCCGCCUCCAGUCACUUAGCCAUGGGAGAAGCUGUAUACACUGUCCCCAGCCAAUGGCUGCACAUCUCUGAGAAUGACCAACAAAUUCUGAACUCUCUAGGCCCAGGUCAGAGGACACAGGGCCCUGAGCUGCCCCCACCAGACCCGGUCCUUCAGGAUCUGUCACUGAUCUUGACCUCAUCUUCCUCCUCACUCAAUUCCUCAGGAACCCCUGCCUUACCCAGCCACAUGUCGCCAGAGGAAAGUGGUGCCAGCGUCAGCCUUAUGCCUGCUCUGUCCUUGGCUGCUCCAGACACAGGGCAGAAGGCCAGCUCCCAGCCCCCACCAGCCAUCUGCUCAGCCCCUGGCCCCCAACCCUCUAGUUCCUCACACCCAAGCCACGUAUCCAACUCCCCGCUCCUGAGUUGUACUGCAAGUCUGUCACAUGUUGGUCACAUCCCCAGUCUAUAUGACCAGGCCCCAUCCCAUGUGACCAGGCCCCAGAAGUCUAAACUAGAGUUCAAGGAGCUAGGGUUGCCCCCCAAGAAUCAGCAGCAUUCUCCAAGGAAAAGCACCACCGAGGGAGCCCUGGAGUCCAGUCUUGUCUGGGGUCCCCCAAAGAAGCAUCUCGAUGGCUCUGCGUUCCAGUAUGAGUACGACCCACCCUGCACUUCCCUCUGUGCCCAGGUCCAGGCUGCCAGGCUCCCUUCGCAGUUCCUGGCCUGGGCCUUGCACUUUCUGAUGGAGCCGAAGCCAGAAUCUGAGCACACCCAGGUGUGAGGGGCCACGUGACCACAUGGGAGAUUGUGGUCUGUGCCUGGGGAUGGACAAACAGCACUUCACACUCUGCUUCGAGUUUUUUAAUAAAAUAAUCUC